UGUGCAGGUGUCGAUGAUCAGACUAUCUGGAAACGGGACUCUAAAAGAAGGAGACUCUGUGAAUCUGACUUGCGCUGUGAGCUGCACUCUCAGCUCUCCACAGUUUGUGUGGUUUAAGAACAGAGAGCGUUUACCUGAAUCAGGCUCUGUUCUUCACCUCCCUGCUCUGACUGUGAGGAACUCUGGGAAUUAUUUCUGUGCUUUGAGGAACUACGAGGCCUUCACGUCUGAAAUGAUCAGCCUUGAUGUGGACGGUGUUCUCUCAGAUGACGGAUGGGGUGUGAAUUAUUCUGAGCCGAUCUGCGCUGUGAGAGGAUCUGAUGUCAUUUCCUACACUUAUUUCUACCCAAAGUCAGUGAAGCAGGUGAAAAACGUUCUCUGGUGCUCAAUGAACUCAAAUUCAGGAAGGUGUUAUGACGGAUCGUAUGUUUAUAACAGUGACUCUACUGCAGCUUCAGGAGACUUUAAGUAUGUUGGUGACAAAACAUCAAACUGUACUUUAUUAAUCAGUAAUGUACAGUUCAGUCACUCUGGAGAGUAUAGAUUCAGAUUUAUAACUGAUGUCAAGGAUAGAAGAUGGACAGGUGUCCCUGGAGUGACUCUUAAAGUGGCAGUUGUGCAGGUGUCGAUGAUCAGACUGUCUGGAAACGGGACUCUAAAAGAAGGAGACUCUGUAAAUCUGACUUGCGCUGUGAACUGCACUCUCAGCUCUCCACAGUUUGUGUGGUUUCAGAACAAAGAGCGUUUAACUGAAUCAGGCUCUGUUCUUCACCUCCCUGCUCUGACUGUGAGGAACUCUGGGAAUUAUUUCUGUGCUUUGAGGAACUACGAGAAGUUCAUGUCUGAAAUUAUCAGCCUUGAUGUGAAAGGACCUUUCCCAGUUUUGGGCAUUGUUUGGAUUGUCCUUGGAGUAAUUCUAUUUAUGCUACUUGUGGCUAUCUUAGCUGUAGUUUACAAAAGGAGGAAGAAGGCAAAAGCUCCAGAAGAAGACAUUAGAGGAAGUGACAGGGAAACCCAGGUUGGAGAAAGAACACAGGGUAAACAAACAAAGCUUCAGGAUAACCAUGUUAAUGAGGCUGCUGAAGCCGAGCUGCUGGAGGACGAAAUUACGUAUGCCUCUGUGUGCACAAAACCUAAUAAACCAAAAGAAAGGGAGGUAAACGCUCGAGAAGAAGAAGAGAACAGCAGAAGUGGCUGGAAAACCCAGGAUGAAGACGUGAUGUACGCUUCUGUGUCCAUCCAACCCACUAUACCUAAAAAAGGACCUGUCCACACUGUCCAAGAAGAUGAUUCCAUUAUCUACAGCGCAGUGAAGACAAACUGAUCACAGCUCCGCACGUCAUGUAACCCCAAAGCAUUUGGGCGUAUUUGUAUAUCAUUAGAAAAUCGCUUGCUAUGAAACAUCUGCUGUGAACCACUAGGUGGAAACUAUAAAAGAAAUUUAUUGAAA